AUGUUCAACCUGGAUGAACUCCACAUCAUCGAGUGGCUUCCCUACAACUUCACGGGCAAGGCAGAGCCCAAGGAAUGCAUGUACUGGGAUUGCAAAGCUGAUUGCGAUGACACUGACAGUGAAGCCGACGACUGCUCCUCUGUUGAGAUCCCCGAGCCGGACGACGGGGAUCUCGACGGUGAGCUCGACAACAAUCUCAACGAAGCACUAUACACACGGAAGCCUUGGCACCUGGUACGUCAAAACGAGAUGGAUGAGCACCUAUGCUGGCGCAAGAAGCAAUUUGGCGUCGACUGGAACCUCACCUUGACUCUCCAUCCCGAGAAGACUCAGUAUGAUCAAGACCACUACUACGGAUCCAAUUGGGAUGUCCCGCUGUAUGCUCACGUUGCCGAACGGUUUGAGAUGAUGGCCGGCGACAUCCUGGCAUCAGCGCCUGAGGUCUUCUACUCUCACAUCCUACCCGAGCAAAUUGACCUUGAAACGGUUCGCCAGCUCACGCGAGAUGAGAUCUACGGUGAUGCAGAGUUAGACUGA